AUGCUCCCUCUUGGAGCAGAGGCCCAGGACUGGCUCUUGGACAUGCAACUGACAGGCAAGGUUGUGCUGUCCGCUGCCGCGCUACUCCUGGUGACUGCUGCCUACCGACUGUACAAGUCCAGGCCUGCCCAGGCCCCCCUUGGAAGUGGAUACACCGAGGCUGAAGGCAGAGAGGAAGCAGAUGGCUCAGGGCCACCUGCCAUCCAGGGGGGCUCUCCCAUGGUACUGCAGAUGAGGCCAAGACGUCGGAGGGCCAACGAGGGGGCUAGAGCCCCACUGGACUGUAGUGGGGAGAUUCGUGGGGACUCCCGUGUCCCAGCAACGGCAGUGACAGUCAGAGAUGGGGAGCCCAAGAGGAGAGACACCAGUGAAGAGGGGGCUGGGCAGUGCCCAGACUCUGGGCAGUUUCCUCCUCCCUGCGGGGCCCAGGAAGCCGGAGCAGCUCUUGGUGGUAAGCCCUAUCCUCCCCGCCACCGCCAAUUGGGCAGUGAACCCAAAAGCUCCCCACCUGGACUCGCUACAGGGAACAGGAGCCUUGCAGGUGGUGAGCCUGCCCCAUGGCGGGACUGUGGCCCCCCGGAGCAGCCUGUGGUGGGGGAGCUGGGCUCUCCCCAUCAGCGCUGGCUGGCCCACACGGAAGGCGGCAGUGACAUGAACAGGAGUUGGGUCUUGACCCGCGUGUCAGGGGUUCACAGGGAAGAGGCUGGUGCCCUCCAGGCUGCCUCGGACAUGGGCCUGGCCCUGCAUCAGCAGGAGGGGGCCACCAACACUUGCUACACCUUCUCAUCCAUGGCCCGGAUUCGAGUGGAGGAGAACUUCAUACAGGAGAAGGUGGCUGAGUGCAGGCCCAGGCUGAAGGGUAAGGUGUACGAGUACUAUGUCCAGUCCACCUCUCAGGCCAUCUCUAGAGUCAAGCUGGCCACUAGGCCUGCUGUCCUGACUGAGGCUUCGUCCCCUGUGCCAGGCCCCCUGGGGAUCAGGGCAGUGUCCAGGGGCCACAACGAUGACGCAGAAAAUGGAAUGGAAACAGCUGCCCCCUCCCAGCCCCUGCCACCCACCACCAUACCUGGCUUCAGCAGGAAGGAGAGCCUCCUCCAGAUUGUAGAGAACCCAGAGCUUCAGCUGCAGUUCAGUGGCUUUGGGACCCCGGUUUCCCCUGGCCCAGACCAGGGUGCUCCGCCUGACUGCCCCUCAUCCCUGGAUUCCAGCUCAGCCAGAGGCAGCUUGGAGCCCCGAGUGCAGCUCGUAGCUGGGACCAAUUUCUUCCAGCUCCCGCUCAGCCCCAGCUCAGCUCCGGAUGUCCACCUGGACCUGGGUAAUUGCUACGAGGUACUGACCUUGGCCAAGAGGCAGAACCUGGAGGUGCUGAAGGAGGCAGCUUACAAGGUGAUGAGCGACAACUACCUGCAGGUCCUGCGCAGCCCAGACAUCUACGGCUGCUUGAGCGGGGCAGAGCGGGAGCUGAUCCUUCAGCGCAGACUCCAGGGCCGCCAGUACCUGGUGGUGGCUGAUGUCUGCCCGCAGGAAGACUCUGGCCACCUCUGUCGCUAUGAUGAUGAGCAGGACACCUGGCACCCAUUGGCCUGCCUGCCCACCGAGGCCGUGUCCUGGGGCUGUGCCAUCUGCACUCUCUUCAAUUAUCUCUUUGUGGUGUCUGGUUGCCAAGGACCGGGGCGCCAGCCCUCCAACCGUGUCUUCUGCUACAACCCACUGACGGGGAUCUGGAGUGAGGUGUGCCCAUUGAGCCAGGCCCGGCCCAACUGCCGGCUGGUGGCCCUGGAUGGGCACCUGUACGCCAUUGGGGGUGAGUGCCUGAACACAGUGGAGCGCUACAACCCCCGCCUGGACCGCUGGGACUUUGCGCCACCGCUCCCCAAUGACACAUUUGCCUUGGCGCACACGGCCACGGCCUGCGCUAGGGAGAUCUUUGUCACGGGCGGUACACUGCGCUAUCUGCUGCUCCGCUUCUCUGCCCAGGAACAGCGGUGGUGGGCCGGCCCCACAGGGGGUGGCAGGGACCGCACCGUCGAGAUGGUGGCCGUCAACGGCUUCCUCUACCGCUUCGAUCUCAACCGCAGCCUGGGCAUUGGCGUGUACCGCUGCAGCGCCAGCACUCGGCUCUGGUAUGAGUGUGCCACGUACCAGAAACCUUACCCAGAGGCCUUCCAGUGCACCGUGGUGGACAACCUCAUCUACUGUGUGGGGCGCCAGCGCACUCUUGGCUUCCUGGCCGACCAUGUCUCUCCCAGGUUUUUGCCCAAGGAGCUGCAGAGCUUUCCCUCCCCAAGGGGCACCCUCCUGCCAAUGGUCCUGACCCUACCCACUCCCAACGUGCCCCAGACCAGGGUCUAG